ACCAACAUCAACCAUCCCGAUGCAGUCAACUUCUUAAGUCAACAGAAGCUUCGCAUCCACGCGCAUAAAGAGACAACAGGAUCCCGUCCCAACUUAAGCAUUCAACCCCACUCAUCCAUCGCCCUAGCGAAGCGAACUAUUUCCCAUCAACCCAGUCGCAAACUAUUCAAGAUGCAGAUCAAGGUCCGGACUCUUACAGGCAAGGAGAUUGAGCUCGACAUUGAGCCCGAUACCAAGGUUGCCCACAUCAAGGAGAAGGUCGAAGAAAAGGAGGGUAUCCCUCCCGUACAGCAACGUUUGAUCUUUGGCGGAAAGCAAAUGGUCGAUGACAAGACGGCAACCGAUUACCAACUCGAAGGCGGUGCGACUCUCCAUCUCGUUUUGGCUCUUAGAGGUGGAGGGUGGUAGGCUUUUGGGGAAGCUUUGGUUUGCCUGAAGAGAAACAAAAAUACACACAAAUUAAUGAGAUAACGACGUUUACCCAAUAUAGACUGGGUGCUAUAUGUUGGUCCUUUGACAAACCCAAGUGGACGUUCUGGUGUUUGAAGGACUACUUAGACGACGAAAUCCCGGAAGGUUAAGGAUAGGGCGCUCUUGGCGGAUUAAAAGGAUGGGAUUUGUACACUCCAUCGAUCAAAGGUGAGAUGCUGAGGAAGAGGUUAACACUUGCCGUUGGAAAGCUUGGAUGGCCCAGGAAAGGGAAUGAUUUCUUCU